UGCAAGCAUGUUAGGCCGUCAACAAACACCAAUGGAAACAGAAGCAGAAAGUGUACCUGCUUUACUUAAGCUGCUCAGGAUUCUAGUUUAUUUUCUCAGGAAACUCCUAUGGAGGGUAUUAUCUGUGGGAGCCAUUCCCAAACACAUAGCUUUCAUUGUGGAUGGGAACAGAACAUAUGCCAAGAAGAAAAACCUGGACGAUGAAGCCAGCUAUAGGGCUGCAUUUACGGCUCUCCUCUUCAUUUGCAAAUAUUGUUCAGAGCUGGGAGUGAAGCAUCUCACCUUUUUUGCCUUCAGCAUCGAUAAUUUCAGACGAACACCCCAGCAGAUUAAGUGUGUGAUGGAUCUAUUGUUAGAGAAGACUCAGCUCUUGCUCAAGGAAGAAAAUCUUGUGAAGAAGUACGGAGUUCGAGUAAUCUUUGUUGGCAAUUUGCAACUUUUGAAUGAACCUCUUAGGCUUGCGGCCGAAAAGGCAAUGGCGGCUACGGCCGGAAACAGCAAGAUCAUAAUUUCAGUCUGUGUGGCAUACAAAUCAAGCAAUGAAAUUGUUUGUGCCAUUCAGAAGUCCUGUAAACAUCAACUUAACGCUGAAUCUUGUGCACUUAAGAUGCCAAAAAUGAGGCCUUCUAAGUCUAUCAAGCUAGUACAUCUGCAAAAAUACUUGUCCAUGAGCGUAGUUCCUAAUCCCAACAUCCUAAUAAGGACCUCAGGCGAAACACGUCUCAGCGAUUUCCUCCUGUGGCAGACCACCAACUGCCUCUUGUAUUCUCCCGCUGCCCUGUGGCCAGAGAUUGGGUUGCGGCACUUGGUGUGGGCAAUAUUAAACUAUCAACGGCUGUAUCCUUAUUUAGAGAGGAAGAAGGACCAAGUAUAACUCUCCUAACACCACAGAACAGGUAUAACUCGAAUCUAAUGUUAAUGAGAACAUGACAGCCAGAAGUGGUCCAUCACCUUGUUGCAUUCCAAGCCGUUUUAGAUUCAAUUC